CUUGAGAAACGUUACGCAAAUUUUCAAUGCAUAGCCAUGAGUAGCGACAAAAAAGACAGCUCUCUUUCCCAGUCAAAUAACACAUCCGGGUCCUAUAAGACGCUGAGCUUCAGUGCAAAGGAGGACGUUCCGCCAAUUAUACUUGGAGUAUUGAUUGUUCUUGUCAAUGGACUGGUGUUAAUCCUGGUAUUAAAGAAAAAACACUUGAGAACCAUUACAAACCUGUUGCUAUGUAGCCUGGCCCUUUCUGACCUUCUGACAGGAUUGGCGAGCACACCGCUGUUCAUGACGUGCAGUAUUUUACACCAAUCAGGGCUUUGCAUUUCUGCCGACCAGAUGCUUCGGUUUACCUCUGUUUCAACUGUCUGUCACCUUUUGGUUAUCAGUGUGGACAGGUAAAAAACAUUGUCAUUAAAACUCAAAGUUCUAAAGGUCUUUACGUCACAGAUAAGUGCCUACAGACAAUGAUAUGCGCUUACGCAGUAACGAAAAAGCUGUUGUGCUGUAGACUUUCCUCUGCGCAUGUGCGGUUUGAUCUUUCCCUCCGAGCAACAAGAUGGCAGCUCUGCAUUUACCUAAUAAAUUACCAAACAAAACAAGCUUACCGAAGGGAGACGAUGAAACAAGAAUUGCAUCAGCUAACAAAAUAUCUUGAUUUGCCACAAAUGAAUUAUUUGAGUUACCCGCCAGUUACAAAUCACAAUAUAUUGGGCCCAGCCAUGUCCAACAAUAGAGGAGUUCACGCUCACAGUUGCAUCAUGGGUAAUCUGGGCAAGAUGGCGAGAAAUUAGAAGAUUUGUAUUAGAAUUUAAAGCCAGCUAAUUCUUCCUGAAUUCAUAUACUUGAUGCUUUCUCGUUCAAAAGAGUAACUAACGAGAUCAGACAAACAGUACACUAAAUCUGGAGUGCAAAGAAGUCUGUGAUCAGUUUUUAGAAACCUCAGUUUUUCCAUACAUCUUUAGGUAAUUUUGAUGCUGUCGCAUUACAGACAAUGUUUGGGAAAACCAAGGUUUUCUAAAAACUGAACACGGACUUCUUUGCACUUUAGAUUUAGUGUAUUGUUUCUUUGGACCCGUAAGUUACUUUUUUCAAAGAGAAAGCAUCAAAUAUAUGAACUCAGGAAGAAAUAUCUGGCUUUAAAUUCUAUUACAAAUCUUCUAAUUUCCCGCCCUCUUGCCCUGAUUACCCUUGAUGCAACUAUGAGCGUAAACUCCACUAUUACGAAUUUGUCUUGAGCCGUAAUUCCGCCUGUGAAAUGAUGGAGUGGAAUUCCACGUUUGACACUCCGGAUUCCAUGUAGUGUAUACCGGUUUUUUUUUCAGUGGAACCUGAAAACCGAAUUCCAAUCCAGUUAGUGUGUUUCCGGAUUCCUUGAGUUGUCUUCCGGAUUCUAAAGCCCAGGAUUUUGGAUUCCACAACAAAAAACUCCCAGAUUCCGGAAACAGGAUUUCCCAUACGUGCAGCGAAUUAGUGAGUCAAUUUUCAAGCAGUUUUUUUCUUUUACUUCCCAAAGGUCAUGAGUGUCUCUGGCAUCAAGUUCCUGUUCUCUUUUACGUUGUCAUAUGAUUGUCUUUCAGAAAUUGAUUUAUCAUUUUCUUUAUCCUCAGAUAUCUGGCUAUAAUACACUCUUUACGUUACAAGUCAAUUGUAACGCUCCUCAGAUGCCUUUCUGUUGUGUUAUUCAUCUGGAUUCUGUCAGCUAUAAUAGCCUUGAUUCAACUCAGCUGGAUCGAUCCAGGUAGCCACAACGUCUACGAAGAGGCAACAGCCGAACUAAUUCGAAAGGAGAUCAUCUACGACGCAGUAUCUCUUGUAAUAUUUUUCUUUGCACCACUCAUGUGUAUGGCUUUUGUUUACUCAAAAAUCUUCUUUGAAGUUUCGCGGCAGAUUAAUAACAUACGAAGGGAGAGCUACCCUGGUUGGCAAAAAGUAGAAGAAAUGAAAAACGCGGAAAGAAAAGUUAUCAGCAUUUUCGCCGUCAUGUUAAUGGUCUACACAGUCUGCUGGUUACCUUACUUCAUACUUCGGUUUAUAUUUAAUGACGGAGAUCUACAUCCCCUUGUGGCACACAUCUCAACCUGGCUUCGCUUUCUGACUUCGUUUCUUAAUCCUUGUUUAUACAUUUUAGGUAAGAAAGACUUUCGGAAAGCCUUAAGCCGGAGAAGAUCAAGAGACAAACGAUGUCAAAUCUUUUUAGCGGAUCCUUUAGAGCGCUCAGGCUGAUCUUAAUGUCAUAAAACUAAAACUGCCUCUGAGUUUUUGCUUCUUUUAGUUAACACAAACACUCUCUCGCAGGGGAGAAGGAAAGGAAUGGAUGCCAUUCCCUCAGGAAGUUUUUUUCCCCUUUCUUUCUUUCUUUUUUUUUUUUCUAAACGGAUUGAUCCAGAAUCUGACUUCGCCUGACGGUGCAGCCUCAGAGUUUGAAACAAUAUACCGUACGCCCACUUCCAAAUAAACGCCUCUAUCUUAAACGCCCACUGUGAGAAUAUCCAAAUACUAGGAAUUAGCAAAAAGGAGCAAAAUUAUUCAAUUCAUUCGAGGCAUUCUGACAUCGAUGCUGGGAUUUAAAAGAGUGAUAUGGAUCUCUAGACGCCGGCUUAGACGUAUCAAUUGAUGGAGUGGAUAUUCCGCUAUUUUUAAACUCUCUCUAUUUUUUUGCCGAAAGCAUAUUUUAGUUUUGUUGAGCUUGUUACAGUGAAUUAACAAUUAAUGAAUGAGGCCGCAGUAUCUUAUAAAGAAUUAUGGAGAUCGAGGAGGUUGUUAUCCGUCGAGGCCGUAGGCCGGGGCGGAUAACACCCUCUGAGAUCUCCAUAAUUCUUCGUAUGAUGCGAAAACCGAAUUCAAUAUAUAAUUGUUAUUCAUUCAAAAUAGUUCCUAGUUAAAAACAUAGCUAAAACAUGCUUGCCUCUUCUCCAAAUAGCCAGAUGUCGCCCCUCGAGUUGUCUUCUUGCUGUUCUUGCCAUGUUUUUAGCUAUUAUUUCGCCCAGUUGUUACUCUUGAAAAUACUGAAAUGUCUGCCAUUUUUGUUUUCACAACCAAAACGACUUAACCUCGUCCCCAGGAACUAAAAAAAUCAAAAUUAUCACCAAGGCAGUUGAAAGACAUGAUUAAAUGAAAGAAUAAUAAACACCUUAAGCUCUCGUAAUCAAUCAGAACCUGAUUGAUGAUCUGAUUGAUGAUGGUCUUCUUAACUUAAAAAAAUGUAGAGAUACUCACACUCAGUAGUCCUCAAAUAACCACAAACUUUUUGUCAGAUGAACUGGAAUGAAUGCUGUAUAUUGAGUGCUUGAUUCAGCUUGGCCAUUUUUACAGAAGUUUUUAUUACUGUUCAUAAGAAAAGAAUUUAACCACAUAAGUUAGGUAGUUUUUAUAGUCAUGUAGGUGACUGAAAAAAGUAGCUAUUUUGUUUUGCAAAAAGUUGGAAAACAAAAUCUGAAAUAAAGCACAGAGGUGCUCGUCACUGAAGCUAAAAAGGAAAAGAAAACUCCUCAUCUGUAGCAAAUACUGUAUUGUUAUUAGUAGAUGGAACUGUGUUUAAGGAUUAAGUUUUAAUACCACAUGAGGGCAGCUCAUAUAACCCUUUUCUUAAUAUUAACCUAGCUAGGAAUUCACUUUCUCACUCCAGUACCUAAAAAAUCAAUCAUUUCAGAAACUAUUUGACAAAAACUAAGCUUACAAAAAAUAUAAGUAUGAUCACUUACCGGAAGGUUUGCAUGAUCCAACUGAAAAAAUGGCCUGUCAUUUGAACUGCAUUGUCACUGUGGUGUAUUCAAAACAUCGAAUUAGUUUAUAAUCAGUGGAUUAUUAAAAAUGUAGAUUUGUUGGGGAACAAGUACUCCUCAACAUAGGGCGCUUUCCAGAACUCAGAACAGCCGGAAUGCUUUGUCUUCGAUAUCACGCCUCAGCUCGCUCCGAGAUCGAGCUAUGAAAUUAAAACACCAAAAGAUGCUCCAUAAGACAUAGGACGGUAAAUACAGAAAAGGAUUUGCGAUCAAUCCUGAUUAGCGCUUAUAAUUAUUUAUAAUCAUCAGUGAAUUCAUAAACCUUAAACUGAUAGUGUUCUUUGCAAGAUUUUUGCCGCAGUAUUGUUUAAAACAAUUAACAGCUCAACUUCAAAUGAACGUACGAAAAAUAAAAUUAAGAAAAACGGUGGUCAUAGUAAAAACUCAAAAGCAUUGAUAAUAUCACUGCAGAUGCAUCAAUUCCCUUUUUAAAAAAAUAGCGAACGCUAUGUAAAGGCCUUAGCUUAAAUUUUAUUUAUCAAGCAUCAACCUGUUUAGUAUAUUAAGAAGAAGGGCUAGCUAAAAUGUAGUUCGUUUCUGUAACCACACUUAGCUUAUCGACAUCUUUCCACAAAAAGGGUAAAAAAUAAAUAAAAAGCCAAACCCCAUUUAUCAAGGGAAAGGACAGCACUUACCUUUUCGAUUAUUUUACUGAAUAAAAACUUCAUCGAAGAAAAGGAUUACAAAUCGAUGUGCGGAAAAAAAGACUCUUGUAUUUGUUAUUGUUCUCUGUUCAGCCUUUUCACGUCAUCUUUAGAGUUUGGCAGACGCGUUUAGAAAUUCGCGCCAAAACCGUCAAAGCACGGGUACUAGGGUGCUAGGAUCCAGUCUUUCAUCGUCCCGUUCGAGUGCGGCCAUAUUGGAAUGAACGGUUUUUGAACGUGCGGAUUGACCUUUCAGAUCUUUUCCAUACGCUGAUUUUUCCACCGGUUAAAUUAAUGAAUGUGUGAGGGACAAGCAUGAAAUCAGAACUGAGGUCGAAGCAAAACUGCUUCCUACAUUGCUUUGAGUUCGCAAGUGAAGUCAUCAGUGCAGUGACCCAGUUUAUCUAUGGUUGGCCAUCCGUUUCAAAAUUAUGACAUCGUGUACGUGGGCUUUUUUGCCGCGUAUAAUCGUUUAUAAUCGCUAUGUAUGGGCUUUUAUCCCAUAUACAACCAUUUAUAUCGCGUAUAUACGCGUAUUUAAUACGCGUAUAUGUGCAAAAUCAAAUGCACGUCUAUACGCGUUGCUAAAAACCCGUAUAUAUGCGUACCUGUCAAAGCCCACGUAUACGCGUGCAAAAAUGUGCAUAUACGCGGGGUUCAGAAAUCAGACUUGGUAUAAGAUGGCACGAAAAGUGCCUCUAACGGAAUAGGUUUCAUGUAUCGUGGCAAUGAAAAGUGCCUUUCGCAAUGCAAACAUGGCUUCCUCUCUAGCUCUUGUAGUGAUAUGUAUCUUGUCAACUAGUUCUUACAGUUCUCCCACAACGGAUCUUCUGGAGACGGUUUCUCGUCUAUUAAGGGAUUGCUCCAGGUUUUAUCCACACGCCGAUCGAAACAUGGCUAAAAACUUGGUAGUCCGCCUUCAGGUAGCUGUCGAUUCAGUUCGUCGUUUGGUAGAGUCGUUGGACCCAGACGAUCAAGGAAAUGAUGUCAGAAUACCAGAGCUUGAAUCACUGUUGAGGCAACUUCAAUACUUAUUAAACAGAUGGGAGAUGCUGGCGAUAAGAGCAAGUUCUUGCACGACAGUUCGCCCCAUAAGAUCCGUUGUGGGAGAACUGUAAGAACUAGUUGACAAGAUACAUAUCACUACAAGAGCUAGCAUAGAGCAUACAUAGCGAUUAUAAACGAUUAUACGCGGCAAAAAAGCCCACGUACACGAUGUCAUAAUUUUGAAACGGAUGGCCAACCAUAUUUAUCGCUAUUUUUGCCUGUUGUACAGUAGCAAAAGCUCAAUGCCGAAUGGAAGAAAAAAAGCACGUUAAGGUGAGUACUUACGGCUUUAUUUUUGGUAAUUUUAAUUACCCUACACAAUUUUCCUUGCUUUCGUUGGUUUAAGCUUUAAUGCUUGCACGAAUGCAUGCAAGGUAGCUCCCACUGUAAGUAGAAAGUUCCUCUCAGAUAGGCGCCUGCUGGCCAGUCAAGGUUUUCCAAUUAGUAUUUCUUAUCUUCGGAAUUGCUUCUACGGGUCAAAGAAUAUAGAAUGUGAACAACCAAAAGAACCUUGAGCGGAUAUUUAUUGCCGCUACAUAACUUCCAUAUCUGAGAGCUUUUCCUGUAUGAGUUUAGCACAAUUUCAAAUUUAAUAAAUUCUUGCCAUUCUUGACCCAGUUCUUCAGUUGGGAUGGACACACUUGCUUUAGUAUGAUGCUUAUGAUAGGGUCAUCUCCUGAAUGAAUUUACUCUCACAGCGGGGCUGGAGAUUUAGUCACUAGAAAUAGGGAAAACAGAUACAUGUAUUAUGUUAAUGUCUCCUUUCAAGUUUUUUUCACCACCGAAUUUGAACUUUUACAGUGAGUUUUUUUUCCUCUAACCAAGAUGCUUCCUUCUUUUAAGUUGUUAGUCGAUUCUUUAAGUUGUUACUCUUGUGGUCAAAAACCCUCCUUUCUUUCUUUAAGUGAAAAUCAUUUACAAAUAGACAACCUCACUUUGAUAAAUUGAAUAAUGUUGGACAAAUUAGUUAGUCUUUUUCUUAUCACCUUUGUUUUUCUAAUAGUGAAAGUUACUAUGGAGUUUCAUAUCGUCCAUUUGAAUUUAGUUUGGAGUCACUAGCUGUUUUACGUAGUGUUAUGCAGAUCGAGCACACUUGAAAGCUGCAUAAAUUAUUCUUACUAAUGACCGUCACUCAAAAUAUUCACUCAAAAUUGUUUCCAAGGUAAAACCUAAAAAUAUAUAAAAUAUGCAAGUUGCUGCUUUCAUGUUCAUAAUACGAUAUAUUUUUGUGUUCUUUGGCAGUUUCAAAACAUAAAAGGAUGUUAAGUCUAGAUUACAGAAUGAUAUUCUUAAAAUAGCAGUUCAUACCUAUUUGUUUUAGGCAGUAGUUUGCUUAUUUGUUCUACAUAAGAGUUGAGACUGAAUCUCCACCAUUUUCAAUAUCUCUACCAAAGCAGUUGAACUAUCAUGCUCCUGCUGUCCCUUUUUCUCAAUUAUUAGUACAAUAGUGGUUUCAACUGUUCUGAUAUUGGCAUGUAUGGCUUGCUAAACUGGUCAAUGGUAGCUGGUUAUGAAGAAUUACCCAGGGGAGUUUUAGCUCAGUAGAAACAAAACAAUAGUAUGAAUGAACAAUUAAACAUAGAUAUUAACAACAUUUCGGAGCUCUAUUAUUUUUGCUAGCUUGGUUUAAACCUUUUUUAACUGCUUGACCAAAACUAUCCUUUCAAUGAUCACAAAUACAAACUAAUUAAUACGUCAUUUCAUGUCAUGUAUCAUCGAAAUUGACCUCCCUAGUAAAAGGUAUAUAUUUAUUGUAAUGACCACCGAUAUCGCCACCGGCCUGCCGGUUAGCAUGGCUGCAAACCAAAAAGUUUAGAUUGAACUAUUGAUAGAAUUCGAGAGACUGAAUCAUAAAACUUACUUAAUAUACAUUUAAUAUUGUUUAUGUUUACUUUAUUACGAGAGUCACGCUUGCUCCCCUUUGAGUUAAUUAUUGUUGAUUCACUGACUGUUAAAUGUAACAGGAUAGCUUAAAUUAGGCUCUUGGAGUUAAGAGAUCUAUGCGGAGUUCAUCUUUUGUUGGAGUAGCCUUUCAUCUGUUGGAGUAGCCUUUUCUUUUCACUUUAUCAUUUCUUUUACGCAUCGCUAGGAGUUGGACAGCAUAAGUGAUUGUGAUUUCAAUGUUUUAUUCCUGUCAGUUUUCGAAUUCAAGCUGUAUUUUUAUUGUAGUCUUUCAUCUUGUUGUAGUUUUUUCACCACGUGCCAUAAAAGUCAAUGUAAUGAAUCUACGAAUAAAGAGUCAAGUUAAUUCUACGAUUGUGGCACUGAGGUAGUACUGGCGUCUCUUGAACAAUCCACUACAUCGUAUUCGGGAUCGCAACAUACUUUGGGGUGGGGGGUGUAGUUUGAGCAAGAAUUUUUUAUAAGCUCGUUGAAGGCAUAAUUUGUCUGAAAUCCCUAUUCCCUAUAUCAGAUUGACUUAAAGGAAAUUGCUACUAUAGUCAAACCUCCACUAAUGACCACCUUUUUUCAUAGCAGUGGUGGCCCAAUAUUUUGUUUGUUGUCUGCUUUUCAAUAUUUCUUUUCAAGGUGUUGCUUGUCAAGAUGCUAGAAAAACCAUUUUAUAUAGCCAAACAUGUUCUACUCCCCAAAAAUGGUGUCUCACAAGUCAGUCCAUCUCCCCCGCAAUAUUGCAUGGCCAUGUCUCUACAAUGGCCACCAAAGUAAAUUUAGCAUACUAUUGAUAGUUGGUACGUUUUCUAACUGAUUAUUAAUAGUAACCAUUUAACACGUGUGUGUAGCAUUAGCAAAGUACUGGCUAAUUAAUCUGUUUUCUUGUUAAAGUUUGGAUGGGUAAAAAAUAAGACACUGAUUAGAAUAAAACUGCCCAUUGCAAGUAAACUCAAGCCCAUUGCAGGUAAACUCAAGAAGGUACUCUGCAUGGAUAGUACAAUAAAGCUUACGUGCAAGAGAUUGCUACCAAAAUGAAAAAUUUCCCCUGCUUUCAAAUAGCUGUAAAACAAGACAUCACAUCUGUCUAUUAAAUAUGUAAGGAUUUGAAAAUAAUUCAAUGUUUUUUUUUUUCAGCUUAUUGUGAUAUCAUGAUGGCGACCACAUAUAGAAAACUCUUGGCAUAUCUCCUGUUGAAACCUCCCAUAACUGACAAUGAAACUACAAAAAUCUGA